UAAACAAAAGUGUGUGUCUUUUUCUUUUUCCCAGAGUAUAAGGGUCAUGAGACCACUAUGGUUUAUCCCCUGCUAGGAUUGGUCCAUUUCUUGCUCUGACCUCAUAAGGUGCCAUUGUGAUGGAAUUGCAAACCACGCCCCAGCCGGGAUUGGUCCAUUUCUUGCUCUGACCUCAUAAGGUGCCAUUGUGAUGGAAUUGCAAACCACGCCCCAGCUGGGAUUGGUCCAUUUCUUGCUCUGACCUCAUAAGGCCCAUUGUGAUGGAAUUGCAAACCACUCCUAUAAAAAGGCCCUGACUGGGCUGAGGAUUUUGUCCGUUAUAGCCCAGGAAGCUGAUUGUGGUGACCUGUGGACUAGGACUCCCUAGUUGGUUUUUGCCUUUUUUUUUUCUCAUUUGUGUUUGGUUAUUUUGGUUUCGCGAUGACUAACGACUUUGCAGCCCCCUCUGCCAUCCAGGGCCGCUGUGUUGGAGACUAUGCUCUCCAGGACAGCAUUGGCCAGGGAGCCUGUGCCAAGGUGUACUUGGCCUGGCACGAGCUCACUGGGACGGAGGUGGUUGUGAAAGCCAUUAGUCUGAAGGGCUUCCCUAGAUACCACCGAGAACUCUAUUCUCUUCAGAACCUCAAUCACCCAAAUAUCACUGAACUAUUUGAGGUGAUUACCACCCCAGACACACUGUAUCUGGUUAUGGAGCACGUGAGGGGAGGGGACCUGCGUGAACAUUUGGAGAACCACGGCCCCCUGAGCGAGCGCCAAGCCCGCGCCGCGUUCCGGCAGGUGGUGUCGGCGCUCCAGUACUGCCACCAGCGGGGCAUCGCCCACCGGGACCUGAAGCCGGACAACAUCCUGCUGGACGAGGACGGCACCUUGAAGCUGGCCGACUUCGGGUUCAGUCGGAGGGUGAGUGACGACUGCAAACUGAGCACCUUCUGCGGCACCUUCCACUACUUGGCCCCGGAGCUGCUGCAGCGGGAACCAUACGAUGGCCGGAGAGCGGACGUCUGGAGCCUGGGGGUGACCCUGUACAGGACCCUGACCGGGACGGUGCCCUUCCACGCGGACAGCUUCGCCAAGAUGAGGGACCAGGUGCUGGCCGGGCAGUUCGAGGUCCCCCCCUUCCUGACCAGGAAAGGUAAACACUUUCUUCGAAUGUUACUGACUGUCGACCCCAGCCAGAGACCCACCCUGGAAGAGGUCAUGCAGCACCCCUGGCUCACCGUGGGCCAGGAGGAGCUGCGGCCCUACAGCGAGCCGCCCGCGGGGGACCUGGACCCCCAGGUCCUAGAAAUGAUGCAGAGCCUCGGGUUCGAGCCGGACCAGAUAGAGCGGUCUGCGAGGGAGCGAAGAUUUGACCGGGUCAUGGGCACCUACCGCAUCCUGAAGCAGAUGGAAACCAGGAUGCCUGGCCACAGGGUGAAGGUAAGGCCCUACCGCUCCCCCGACAGCAGUGACAUUCCCUCAAGCUACGAGGCGGCUCAGCCAUCUGAUGGGGGGUCUGAAGACGUGUCUCAGCCAUCUGAUGGGGGGGCUGAAGACGUGUCUCAGCCAUCGGAUGGGGGGGCUGAAGAGGUGUCUCAGCCAUCGGAUGGGGGGGCUGAAGAGGCGUCUCAGCCAUCUGAUGGGGGGACUGAAGAGGUGUCUCAGCCAUCUGAUGGGGGGACUGAAGAGGUGUCUCAGCCAUCUGAUGGGGGGACUGAAGAACCUUCCAUGCCCCCACACCACCUGUGGUUGAACGUGACCGGGCCCCCACCCAGCCUGGAAUCCAUGACCACCCCUCCCCCACUGGAAUCCAUCGAGUUCAGGACAGGUACCCCCAGCCCAGACCUGCAGCUCGGCCCUGGCGGCUCCCCCACCACCCACAGCAGCAGCAGCAGCAGCAGCAGCAGCAGCAGCAGCAGCAGCAUCACAAUCAGGGGUGGAGCCCCAGAGGGAGCCGCCCGUGAAAGCCGCCUCCGAGCUGGGCAGCCUGAGGGUGGCACCCCAGCCCCUCCCUCUGCCAACAGGCAGGGCCGGCCCGGGCUGGCUAGAAGGGCCUUCCGAGCCUUCUUAAGAUUCACAUGCUGUCCGUUACCCAAAAUCAAGAUUCGUUUUAAAAAGAAGAAAGUCCAUCCACAAUAGUUUUUAAAAUUGUGGAUCAAGGCAAGGGCCACAGUCAACUCGAAGGUGCGGAGCUCCAGGCAGGCCGGGCGCGUGGUGCUGGAGACGACCCAGAGGUCGGGAGCGGUGCCAGACACACCCGCUGCGUGUGCAGCAGCACCGUGGUCUUCGGAAGCAACUUGCCCAAAAUGCCUGCUGAGCUGGGAAGACUGCGUGGCGCCCCCUGGAGGUCAAGAGGAGGGGCUGCCCUCGCUGUGGGUCAACCCCCCAGCCCCCACCUGACUGAAGCCUCAGAGACUGGACUUUUUCCUGGUCCCUUUCCUCCCCUGCUCCUUGGCUCCCAUGUUGUGGGGCUUCCUAUUAAAGCAUUUGGUUCUCCUCCCCCCCCCCCUCAAAAAAAAAAUAAAAAAUCAUUGCUUAA